AUGGACCAAUUCUACCUGAAAAAUGCAGCGCUCUAUCAGACCUACGUCGACAAAGUGGAUCCGACCAAGCCUCAAGCACACUUUAUGAACCUGCCUCCUCAGCCAGCGAAGAACGCCGCAGACAACAGCAAUCCAAAUAUGACCAUAAGUGUUCGCAUACGUCCAAUGCUGGAAGACGAUGUAACCUCAGGCUUUCCUUGCGCUGUCUAUCCGCGUCCUCAUGAUCCGACUACGAAGCAUCAAACCAUAGAUCUUCAUGAUCUCUACAACCACCCCCGAAGGCCUCGUCCCAUUCUCAAGUCUUCGACGCAUAAGCUCCAGAAUGUGUUUGAGGCUGGUGCAAGUACAGCGCAGGUUUACGAUGAGGUUGUGCGUGACCUGGUGAUGUCCGCUGCAGAUGGCAAGCUUGGUACUCUAUUCGCAUAUGGACAGACGAGCUCCGGCAAGACCUUUACAGUCACAGAGUUACAGAAGCUUGCUGUUGCAGACUUGUUGGAUCGUCACGCUGAGCUGCAUGUCACUGUCGUGGAACUAGCAGGUAAUGUGGCCUUCGAUCUUCUCAACCAACGCGAGCGUAUCGCCGUUCGAGAAGACGCAUCUGGAACCACGCAACUCGUUGGAGCCAUCGAGCAUCAAAUCACCGACAAGGACCAAGGUAUUGAGCUACUAGAAAAAGCAAUGUCAUUCCGCCGCGCGGCACCUACACUCAAGAAUCCUGCCUCGUCACGUUCCCACUGCAUCUGCCGCAUCAAAGUCACACAGCCUGACUCUCCUGCACAAGGCUUCCUCUACAUGGUCGACCUUGCCGGCUCCGAGAUCGCACGCGAUGUAACAGAGCAUGGGCCCGAAUUGAUGCGCGAAACACGCGAAAACAAUGUCAGUCUGUCCGUCCUCAAGGACUGUAUUCGACAAAGAGCAUUAGCGGCUACGAGCAAGAAGAAAGUGCAUGUGCCGGUCCGAGGGAGCACGUUGACAAAGAUCUUGAAGCAUGUGUUUGAUCCCGAGGGUAGUGAAGAGUGCAAGACUGUGGUGGUUGCGUGCUUGAACCCGAGUCUUGCGGAUGUUGCGUCGUCGAAGAAUACAUUGAGGUAUGUGGAGUUGCUGGGCAAGAUAGAUUGA